CGACGCUUCUUUUACUCUUCCGUCGUCCAAGGUUUUUGGUUUCUCCCACAAUCCCAUAGACGACGACGACGAUUCUGCCGGAGGGUUUGAGUUUUUGCAUUAACCACACACAAUGGUUUCGUAUCCUGCUACGACCGAGACCAUCUCUCUGGCCCUUGAAGCCAACAGCUCAGAGGCUAUCCACAUACUUUACCAAGUCCUGGAAGACCCUUCCUCAUCUCCAGAGGCUCUCCGUGUCAAAGAGCAAGCCAUUACCAACCUCUGCGAUCGUCUCACUGAAGAGAAGAGAGGCGAGGAUCUCCGUACACUGUUGACCAAGCUGAGACCUUUCUUUUCUCUUAUCCCCAAGGCCAAAACUGCGAAAAUCGUGAGAGGGAUCAUCGACGCCGUGGCCAAGAUACCUGGAACUACUGAUCUCCAGAUCACUCUCUGUAAAGAGAUGGUGGAAUGGACUCGCGCUGAGAAGAGGACUUUCCUCAGGCAGAGAGUUGAGGCUAAGCUUGCAGCUCUUUUGAUGGAGAACAAGGAGUAUGUUGAAGCUUUGGCUCUGCUGAGUACUUUGGUGAAAGAGGUUAGGAGGUUGGAUGAUAAGCUUCUUCUUGUUGACAUUGACUUGUUGGAGAGUAAACUUCACUUCUCGUUGAGGAACUUACCAAAAGCAAAAGCUGCAUUAACCGCAGCUAGGACUGCUGCUAACGCUAUCUAUGUUCCACCGGCGCAACAAGGUACUAUUGAUUUACAGAGUGGGAUUCUUCACGCUGAGGAGAAAGAUUACAAAACGGGAUACAGCUACUUCUUUGAAGCCUUUGAGUCUUUCAACGCUCUGGGUGAUUCAAGAGCUGUUUUCAGUUUGAAAUACAUGUUGUUGUGUAAGAUCAUGGUCAGCCAAGCUGAUGAUGUUGCGGGAAUAAUCUCCUCAAAGGCGGGGCUCCAGUACGUUGGUCCUGAUCUAGAUGCUAUGAAGGCAGUGGCUGAUGCACACUCAAAGAGGUCGUUGAAGCUGUUUGAGAACGCUCUCCGUGACUACAAGGCGCAGCUAGAGGAUGACCCGAUUGUCCACAGGCAUUUAUCUUCUCUCUACGACACGCUUUUGGAGCAAAACCUGUGCCGUUUGAUUGAGCCCUUCUCACGAGUUGAGAUAGCUCACAUCGCUGAGCUGAUUGGAUUACCGGUUGACCAUGUGGAGAAGAAGCUAUCUCAGAUGAUUCUUGACAAGAAAUUUGCGGGGACUUUGGACCAAGGAGCCGGUUGCCUCAUCAUAUUUGAAGAUCCAAAGGCGGAUGCUAUCUACUCGGCUACUCUUGACACCAUUGAGAACAUGGAGAAGGUUGUUGACAGCCUUUAUGUCAGGUCUGCCAAAAUCAUGGCAUGAAUGAGUGAUUGAGUUCGUGUUCUGAAUCACAUUCCAUCUCUUUUUUUUACUCUUUUUUUUUUUUUGGUUUCUUAGUUAAUCGUUUGGACUCGAAAGAAACUGAUGAUUCUCAAUGGUGAGAGUGAAACUAUUUGUCUUUACUGCUUAAAGUUUUAGGAUUUGUUUACGUAUGGAUGUUUCAGUUACCUUCGCUUUUAACUCUGAAUGG